AUGCACAUCGUCUGGAAAGACUCGGUCGAUGCCGCGACAUACGAGGAGGCCCGCGUCGGCCGCGUCUUUAAUCAUCGUCGCCCUGAACGGUUCCCGCUGGCCAUUGUCAAGGCCACCUGCGAAGCAGACAUCGUCGCGACCGUCAAGCUGGCGGCCGAGCGAGGCUGUCGCGUGGCCGUUCGGUCCGGUGGUCACUCUUGGGCCGCCUGGAGUGUUCGCGAUGCCUCCAUCCUGAUCGAUUUGGGCAGCUACAAGACGCUGGAGGUGGAUGCCGAGCGCCGGACAGCGUGUGCCUCGCCUAGCAUGACCGGCCGGGAGCUCAACACGGUCUUGAUUCGCGAUCAUCAGCUAAUGUUCCCCGGCGGGCAUUGUCCCGAUGUCGGGCUGGGUGGAUUCCUCUUGCAAGGUGGCAUGGGGUGGAAUUGUCGGAACUGGGGCUGGGCCUGUGAACGAGUCCUUGCCGUCGAUGUCGUCACGGCAGAGGGCCAACUACUUCACUGCAACUCCUCGCAGAAUGCCGAUCUUUAUUGGGCUGCUCGUGGGGCUGGUCCAGGCUUUCCGGGCGUCGUCACCAAAUUUCAUCUCAGCCUCAACCCAUAUCCCAAACGAGGCUUUCGAUCCUCGGGCUACCUUUACCCGGUCAGUCUCUAUCGCCAGGCGUUUCAGUGGAUCCUGUCGAUCUCCCCCACGUUCGAUUACGACACCGAGAUUGCCAUGAUUUCACAUUACCCGGAGGGCGAGAAUGAGAUCCAGAUUUUCAUCCUCUUGGUCACCAUGAAAGCCGAAGUCGAGGAGGCCGAGAAGGCUCUACGACCUGCCCAGGAGACUCGGCCGGUCGGGACCGUGAGCGAGUGGUUCUGCCAGGAGGACAGCCUUGACAACCAAUACAACAAGCAAGCCAAUGCCAAUCCAGAGCAGCAUCGCUACUGCACCGACAAUGCCUACAUUGAGAAUGAUGCGGACGUCCCAGCCGUCUUGGAGGAGGCAUUUACUACGCUCCCUCAUCGCAAGGCGUUCACUCUGUGGUAUGCGAUGAACCCUUGCAGCCGUCGCAAAUUACCCGACAUGGCCCUCAGCUUACAAUCGGACCACUAUUUCGCAUUGUAUACUGUCUGGGAAAAAGAAGAGGACGAUCAUCGCUGUCGGGCGUGGGUACAUAAAGUGAUGAAGAGCGUGGAACGACAUUCGAUUGGAGCAUACCUGGGAGAUUCGGACUUUCAGGUUCGGCGAACAAAGUUUUGGGCUGACGACAAUGCACGGCGUUUGACGGAGGUCCGGCGCAGGUGGGAUCCCCUGGGACGCAUUUGCGGGUAUUUGGACGCGGGGGAUCUGUCUGGCACGCGUGGACUCGACAACGCCCAUGAGUGGAAAUUGUGA